AUGACAAGUAACAAUCCUCAACAAGAUGAAUUAGAUCAAAUCAAAUCGAAAAUUCAAGAUAAUUUAAUUUCAUCUGGGAAUUAUGAUAUAAUAAAUAAACAAUUAAAAUUACAACUUUAUGAAAGUGGAUGGUAUGAUAAAGUAUCACAAAUUGCUUCAAGAGAAUUAAUAGAACAUCAACAAGUUAACAACAACAACAAUGAUGAUGGUGAUAAGAAAGAUUUAACAUUUGAUCAAUUAUUUGCAUUUAUUAAACCAAAAGCUGAAGAAUUGGUGCCUAAUGAAGUUAAACAAGAUAUUUUGGAUCGGAUAACUAAAUAUUUAGAUGAUAUAAUACAAUAA